GUCACCUUUUUCUAUCUCUCUCUGUCUCUCAAGUUUGUUGCUUUUCUUUUGGGAAUGGACGUGGAGAACCUCUCUGCGCGGCAGGAGAGCAGGUACUUGAAAGCUUGUGGAACUACUCUUUUGUUGGCAUACCAGAGCCUUGGUGUUGUAUAUGGGGACUUGAGUAUUUCACCCAUUUAUGUCUAUCGGAGCACCUUCUCCGGGAAACUCCACCUCCAUGAAAAGGAUGCUGUCGUCCUCGGUGUCUUUUCUUUGGUCUUUUGGACACUCACUCUGAUUCCACUCUGUAAAUACAUAUUAUUUGUUUUGCAAGCCGACGACAAUGGCGAAGGUGGGACAUUUGCCUUGUAUUCAUUGAUGUGUCGGAAACUAAAGAUUGGUCAUUUGCGCUAUUCUCAGCCAACCGAUAAUGACCUGAGUGUGUACAACUCGGAGACAUCUCAGAGAGAAACAAGGACUAGUUUCCUGAUAAAAAGUUUUUUCGAUAAACAUCAGAGUUCUCGUGUUGUUUUGCUUCUAGUUGUGCUCCUGGGAACUAGUAUGAUUAUAGGUGAUGGUGUUUUGACACCAACUAUGUCAGUGCUCUCAGCUGUGUCUGGAAUCCAUAUAAAAGCCCCAAAUUUACAUGAAAAUUACAUUAUAUUCAUUGCAUGCAUGAUCUUGAUAGGACUCUUUUCGUUGCAACACUAUGGGACACAUAAAGUUGGCUUUCUAUUUGCUCCAAUCUUGAUUGCUUGGCUCUGUUGCAUUAGUGGGCUUGGCAUUUACAACAUUUUCAAGUGGAAUCCAAGUGUUUGCCGUGCUAUGUCGCCAUACUACAUCUAUAACUUCUUUAAAGAAACCGGAAAAGACGGUUGGAGUUCACUUGGAGGCAUUAUCCUCUGUAUCACAGGUUCUGAGGCGAUGUUUGCUGAUCUCGGACAUUUUUCAAUAAUAUCAAUCAGAAUGACAUUUACUGCAGUGGUUUAUCCUUGCUUGGUAAUUGCCUACAUGGGUGAAGCUGCUUAUCUAACAGAGCACAUUGAGGAUCUAGAAAAAAGUUUCUACAAAUCAAUUCCAGAGCAUAUAUUUUGGCCGGUGUUUAUCAUAGCGACAUUAGCAACAGUUGUCGGGAGUCAGGCGAUAAUCUCGGCAACUUUUUCUAUAAUAAGUCAAUGCCAAGCAUUAGGCUGUUUUCCAAGAGUAAAGAUCACUCACACAUCCAGCGACAUCCAUGGCCAGAUAUACAUACCAGAGAUCAACUGGCUUCUCAUGUUCUUAUGCAUCAUUCUGACAAUCACUUUCAAGGAUUUUCAUUUGAUCGGCAAUGCAUUCGGGCUGACUGUGAUCAUUGUCAUGUUAAUCACAACCUGUUUGAUGUUCCUCAUCAUCACAACUGUUUGGAAGCGAACCGUAAUCUUAGCACUCCUCUUCAUUCUAAUGUUUGGAUCAAUUGAACUUGUAUAUUUCUCGGCAUGCCUUGCUAAAGUUCACCAUGGAGGAUGGCUCCCUCUUGUGUUCUCUCUAGUCACUCUAAUGUUGAUGUCUGUAUGGCAUUAUGGAACUGCAAAGAAGCAGGAUUUUGAGUUUCAAAAUAAGGUUUGCCUCGAUUGGUUUCUCGGAUUUGGACAGAGCUUAGGCAUGGUUCGUCUCCCAGGAAUUGGCCUCAUCUACACAAGCACAACUAAUGGUCUUCCUCCCAUGUUUGCACAUUUCAUCACAAACUUCCCUGCAUUUCAUCGGAUAUGCAUCUUCAUCAGCUUGCAUACUCUGACAAUACCAAAAGUCCCGCUAGACGAGCAGUUCUUGAUCGGUAGGAUUGGUCCAGCUGAGUACCGUUUAUUCCAGUGUAUAGUCAGGUAUGGAUACAAAGAUGCUAGGAAAGACAGUGAUGAGUUCGAAAACCAAGUAUUCAUGAAAGUGGCUGAAUUUAUGCAACAAGAGGUGAUCACAGGGAAAAGCAACACCAAUUAUGAAUAUGAAAUGCCAGUUGUUGGCAAGCCUUCUGAACCAGUGAUUGAUGCUUUCAGCAAAGCUAAAACAAAGCGCAAGUACAAGGUGAGAUUCACAGAGGUUGGAGUAAUGGAUGAAGUGAGUGAACUCAUAGAACAGAAGGAAUCAGGGGUGUCAUACAUGAUGGGAAACACUUGUGUAAUAGCUCAUGACUCAUCCUCAUUCCUCAAGAGAAUUGUCAUCAAUAUAAUCUACGGAUUCCUCCGCCGGAAUUCACGCCGGCGAGCUGUAGCUCUCGGCAUCCCUCACCCUUCCCUCAUUGAGGUUGGCAUAGUCUACCGUGUUUGACGACUGAUAGACAAGAUAUGAAGGAACAAAUUGAAUUAUAUUCAUUAGGGCAACAACCCAUAUAUAUACACGAAUGAAGUAUACUAUAUAUAUAUAUAUAUAUAAAUAUAAUAUAUGAAUACAGGUAUUAUACUACUCUAACACGCCCUCUCAAACUCAUGGUGGGUCAUAAACCGAGAGUUUGUUAAUAAAGCUGAAACCGAGAUACCGGCAUCUGAUACCAUGAUAGACAAAAUA